AAAGCUCCAAGUUCUCAUGGCACAUGGAAACAUUAACUACCAUCAGAAAUAAUUUGAGUCUUGGGGCUGUGGUACUUGAGUGUUUUCCCAUGAAGGAUUUGUUUCCAGUGCGUGGAUGACCAGUCUGUGCGGUUCAGACAUCUGCAGAGCAAUUGAAUUGCUGGAAAAAUUACAGAGAAGUGGGGAAGUGCCACCACAAAAGCUACAGGCAUUGCAAAGGGUUCUGCAGAGUGAAUUCUGUAAUGCUGUAAGAGAGGUGUAUGAACAUGUGUAUGAAACUGUGGAUAUCAGCAGUAGCCCCGAAGUCAGAGCUAACGCAACAGCAAAGGCCACGGUAGCUGCGUUUGCUGCUAGUGAAGGUCAUUCUCAUCCCAGAGUGGUUGAACUACCCAAAACAGAAGAAGGUCUUGGCUUCAACAUUAUGGGAGGCAAAGAACAAAAUUCUCCAAUUUAUAUCUCUCGAAUUAUCCCUGGAGGUAUAGCUGACAGACAUGGAGGCCUGAAACGUGGAGACCAGCUGCUUUCCGUAAACGGAGUGAGUGUGGAAGGAGAGCACCAUGAGAAAGCAGUGGAACUGCUGAAGGCAGCUCAAGGGAAGGUUAAAUUAGUUGUGCGAUACACACCAAAAGUCCUGGAAGAAAUGGAGUCCAGGUUUGAAAAGAUGAGAUCAGCAAAACGAAGGCAGCAAAAUUAACACUGUGUGCAAUAACUUAAAGAGAAAAUAUAUAUUCCUUUUGCAUUUUGUAGUUUCUUUGUGACUCAGUUGAUCCAAUGCCUGUCAUGAGACAUUGUCCUUUUAGUAGAGUUGUGGAACAGUUGAGGUUGGAGGGACUAGAUCUAGUCCAUGCCCCAUUGCCCAGCUGAGAGGAGGGCCAGCUGGAGCAGGUUGCUCAGGAGUGAGACAAGCUGGGUUUUUAAACAUCUCUAAAGGAUGGUGUCUCCAGAAGAUGUCUGGGCAGUAUGUUCCAGUGUUUUGCUCUCCCUUACACUACAAAGAUCCAUUCCUGUGUUUAAGUAGAGCUUUGUUAUUUCCACUUGUGCUCUCUUCCUCUUGUCCAUCACUAGAUUUACUGGGAAGAGUUAAGCUCUUCUUCACUCCUCCCUCUCAGGCAUUGACACAGGCUGGUGAGGUGACCUGACCUUUCUCUUCUCCAGGUGAGAGAGACAAUCCCAGCUCUCCUAAAUUCUCCUUGUCUGUAAGAUACUCCAGUCACUUAACCACCUCUGUGGCCCUUAACUGGAUUCACUCUUGUGUGCCCAUUUCUGUGUUGGACUGGGGAGCCCAGAACCGGACCCAGCACUCGAGUUGUGUCUCAGGAGAACUGAGCAGAGUGAAGAGUCCCCUCCCUCAGCUUGCUGGCAGUGCCCCUUCAGUGCACUCCAGGGGACUCUUGGUUUCUUUGCUGCAGGGGCCCCUGGUGGCUCAUGGCUUGCUGCUGUUCUCUGCAAAGCUGCUCUGCAGCUGCUCAGUCCCCACUCUGUGCUGGUGGACAGGGCUGUUCCCCCGUGCAGGACUUUGCACUUUUCUUUGUCGACCUUUGUAACUCUUGUUUGCCCGUUUCUCCAGCCUGCUGAGUCCCUUUGAAUGGUUUGCUGAGCGUGAUGUGUGCCAGCCCCUGGGUUGAUACUAAAAACGUGCAGGAGUGUGGCCCCAGCAGGGCCCUGGCUGCACUGGUGGUGACUGGCACCCAGCAGGAUGCUUGGCCACUGAUCACAGCAAUGCCCAGCAGCUCAGCCAGCUCCAGAAUGUCUGCAGUCUUCUUGUGCUCCACAGUUCAGGAGGAAUGUGUGGGUUUAGAGUGGCCUAAAAUGCCCUGGGAAAGCAUAUAUGGUGAUGUUUCUCUUGGCUUUUUUUGUAAGUCUUGUGUCAGACUUUUAAGCAACAAGGUGAAUUUACAGAUUUUUCAAAGGCAUUUAAUAAGACAUAGUUGUACAAUCAGCAUCCUUUUUUUCCUGCUUUCUUUUGACAUUACUUAGUUUAGAAUCUGCUGGGGGUUUUGCUAACUGAUUUUUUUAAAGAAAGAAGAUUCUUAUGUAGCAGUAUUUUGGCACUUUUCUUAAGAAUAUGUUGUAUGUCAACUACAAAAUGUAAUCACAAUCUACUGUGUAGCUGAUAACAAUACCAGAUUUUGUAAUGUUUUUGGUAAGUACAUUGUUUUUACACUUCUGCUAAAUUAUAAUUCACUACUCUGGAAAUUGUAUUACCUCUCCUGUAAAUAAUUUACAGUUGGUGUUCUUAUAUAAUGAUGUUGUAAUAGCCAACAUUUACAAAUUUGCAACAAUCAUUCCUGUAAUUUACAUUAUUUUGUACUAAUUUUAAAGCAGUUAUGGGGAAAAACAUGAUUGCUGUUUGCAGUUCUGGAUUGACUCUCUAGAUGUAUUUUUAUAUUGAGAAACAGAAGAUAUUUAAAUGCAGUGCAAAAAGAAUUCCAGAUGUUCCCCUGACUUUCUGCUGUGUAAAAGAAUUAGUUAUCUCUAAUUGUCAUGCCAUUCUUGUCUUUCUAGUAUCUUUUAUUGUAGUCUUAUUUCCAUGUUGAAUGUAUUGGUUCUGGAAUUGUUAGUACCUAAAUUACUGAUUGUUAUUGAGUCUUGUAUGCCAGGUUACUGUGACAUGUGAACUUGUCUGGGGUUUUCACUGCUUCUGACUGGGGGGUUCUUGUUUGUACUGCAGAAGUACAACUUCACAACUGCUAAAAAAGGACAUCUCCGUCUGUGGACAAGUACUGUCUUAGCUCAUGGAUUCUUGAUGGUAGCAUGGGUUUUGUGUACCAUUUGGAAAAUUUCUGGACAGAGAUCCACUUUUUGGAAUCUACCAGGUUUGAUGCUGUACUUGUGUAGUUUAGGUUCUGGGUUUGGGUUUUAAGCUACACCUUUAGAAGAAUUAACUUCAUUGUCUACUGGGUAUCAGUUCACUUGUAUGGCAGCUAUGAGUACAUCCUAAUUGACUGUUAGUAAUUUGAUUUUUAGAGGCUUAAACUGACAAGUGCAGUUCCUGCUAUGUGGUUAAUCCCUAGUCUUAAUUCACAUGAAGCAAUAUGUGAAAGAAAGAAAGGAAAAGGUUAGUAAUCUAAAAAUGACAGCUUGAAGCUUGUGCUUUGUCAGUUGAUCUAUUUGG